UCAAAUAAUAAACAAUAAUAUUAAUAAUAAUAAUAAAUAAUAAUUGUACAUAAAAUAGUAAGUUAAAUAAUUAUCGACCAGACAAAUGAUGCGUUAUUCUGAAAAUCAGUACGUUCAUCCGAUAAAUUGUUGGAAUAAGGUAUCCUAGGUGUUGGAAGGUGUGCCUUGACAAGUGGUUUAACCUGUAUUUUAUAUAUAUAUAAAUACAUAUAUACUUCUUCAAUAGAAAUAAUAACUAUUUGUAAUGGCUGAGAGCCAGGGCAAUUCAUCGUCAAACCAAUUGAACCAAGUUCCAGGUUCUGGCCGGACAUUCAACUUCCAGCGUUUUGAUUUCCGUUCAAAUAAUGACAUACAGAAAGAAUCAGAAAAACGACGAGCUCUUAAGCUCUCGUUACCAACACAGAGCAGUAGCUUACCAGCAAAUUCCAGUAACUCUAACUCUACUUCAAUUAAUCCUACUGGAACAUCUGCUGGUUCUCCUGUACCAAACUCACGUCCUACCUUGCCUUUGUCGAUGUCUAAAUUACCCGUUAAAUCUCGAACACCACCACAACAAGGACAUUUUCCUGAUAAAGCACGGGAUAAAUUGAGAAUGUGCCAGUCGAUGCAAAGCACUGGUAAAUUACAAUUAUCACCCGACACAGUGUAUGAUUUUACAAGUGAAGAUCUACAAGACGUUGGUGAAAUUGGCCGAGGAGGUUUUGGUACUGUAAAUAAAAUGAUUCAUAGGAUAAGCAAUACUGUCAUGGCUGUGAAGAGAAUUCGUUCUACGGUAGAUGAAAGAGAACAGAAUCAACUAUUAAUGGACUUGGAGGUGGUAAUGAAAUCAAACGAGUGUCCAUACAUCGUGCAAUUUUAUGGAGCUUUAUUUAAAGAAGGUGACUGUUGGAUUUGUAUGGAGCUGAUGGACACCUCAUUAGACAAGUUUUAUAAAUUUAUUUACGAGAGAUUAAAUAAAAGGAUACCCGAGUGUAUCCUUGGCAAAAUAACAGUGGCUACUGUUAAAGCUCUAAAUUAUCUUAAAGAAAAAUUAAGAAUAAUUCAUCGUGAUGUUAAACCAAGCAAUAUUUUACUGGAUCGUGGUGGCAAUAUUAAACUUUGUGACUUUGGUAUUUCUGGACAACUAGUCGAUUCUAUUGCACGUACACGUGAUGCUGGUUGCAGGCCUUAUAUGGCUCCGGAACGAAUAGAUCCUCAACGAGCUCGCGGUUAUGAUGUAAGAAGUGAUGUCUGGUCAUUAGGAAUUACUUUGAUGGAAGUCGCAACUGGAUACUUUCCAUAUCCCAAGUGGAAUUCUGUUUUUGAACAGUUAUAUCAAGUUGUCCAAGGUGAUCCGCCACGAUUAUCGCCCAAUGGCAACGGCAAUCAUUUUACUAUGGAAUUUGUAAACUUUGUUAACACUUGUUUAAUAAAAGAAGAACAUCAACGUCCGAAGUACAAUAAACUUUUAGAUCACGCAUUUAUAAUACGAUCAGAAGAGGCGACAAUUGACGUUGCUGCUUACAUCAGCAGCAUUUUAGACAAUAUGGCAAAUAAUGGAGUAACACCAUUUACAACCGAUCAGCCUUAAUGAUUACUAUGUAACAAUAAAUGGUGAAUGAAAAUUUUUCUUUAAUUUAAGAGAAGAAAAAUCUUGCAUUCAAGUCUAGAUUUUAUUAUUUUUAAAUUUUAUUAAUUGCUUUUAAUUUUUUUAACCAAUGCUAAAAAAAUUGUAAAAAAAAUGGAUUUUAAUUUUUUGAGGAUUUUUAUCGGUAAUAAUUUUAAAUUUUUACGUCGCGUAAUUGGAAAUUAAAGUAUCAAAACAAGAUUUUUCUUCUUUUGAAUUUAAUUAUUUUCAGUUGCUACACAUAUUUUUCGAGCAAUGUUUCCUUUGUUAUAAAAAUUGAAAGGUAAUGUCGAAAAUUAUGUGCGCAUUUGUUAUUUUUUUUUUUAGAAUCUACGGACAUGUUGUGUCUUUACUUAAAUAAAGGUUCGAAUAAUAAUAAUAAUAAUAAUAAUAAUAAAAAAUAAUUAAGGAUAAGAGUAAAUAAAAAAUAAAAAAUUAAAUAAGAUUAAUGAAACAAAACUUGUUUGUAUAGCGAGUAGAAGUCAUCAGUCACGGUGGCCUUUGUAGAAAACAAAAACAAAAAAAAAAUUAAAAAAAAAAAAAAUAAAUAAUGAGCGGGAAUAAUUAAUAAAUUUCUUAGUGUACUUUCUUACAUACAGGCACUUGUAAAAAAAAGAAACAUUAGUUCUCCAUCAAUUCUAUUGUCACUAAAAAAAUGUAAUCAAAUAAUUUUAGGGUACAUUACACAUAAUAUUGUCACCAAAAGAUAAUAAAUAAUUUUAAUAAUAAUAUUAUAAAGAUUAACAAUAAUAAUAAAAAUAGUGAUAAUUAAUUAUUCUAAAGUGAUGAAAUGAUGAUAUGAUAAUAACAAUCAGUUAAUAACUUAAUCAUGUAUUAAAACCGCUCGUUCAUCUUGUGACUCACUCGUUUCUAAAAAAAAAAUAAAUAAAUAAUUGUGAAAAUAAUUAUUUUACAUUUUAUAAAGAGUUAAUUGUGUAAAACUCUGGCGUAAUUUUUUUUUUGCCGAAGCAGUACAUUAUUGAUUAUUGUAAUUUUAUUAGAACCAAGCUUAUUACCGGCAUUUAAUAAUCAUUAAAGGAAUAGUAACCUUAAAGAAAAAAAAUAAGGAAAUAUU